AUGAUACAUGGAGAUAAUAAAGGCUUAGUUUUACCACCACGUAUUGCUAAAUAUCAAGUUGUUAUUGUGCCAUGUGGUAUAACAGCAUCAUUAUCUAAAGAAGAUGAAGAUGCAUUAAUUAAUUCAAACAUAGAUAAUUAUAGACCAGGAUGGAAAUUUAACCACUGGGAAAUGAAGGGUGUUCCAAUUCGUGUUGAAUUUGGUCCAAAUGACAAAUCACGUUCACAAUUAACAGUUGUACUUCGUCAUACAGGAAAUAAAUCAGCAAUUUCAAUAGAUAAUUGUGAAACAAAAGUACGUGAAAUACUCCAACAAAUGCAUAAAGAUUUAUAUACAAAAGCUAAAGCUGAACUUGAUAGUCACGUUGUAGUUGUUAAAGAUUGGGCUGGUUUCUUGAAAGCUCUUGAUAAUUCUUGUGUAAUGUUAACACCAUUCUGUGGUGAAUCAUCAUGUGAACAUCGAAUCAAACAAGAUAGUGCUCGUGAUGCUGUUGUUGAAGAAGGUGCACCAGCAAUGGGUGCUAAAAGUUUAUGUAUUCCAUUUGAUCAACCGGAAACACUUGCUGAAGAUCAACAAUGUUGUCAUCCCGAAUGUAAAAGAAAAGCAAAAUACUUUACAUUAUUCGGUCGAAGUUAUUAA